AAAAGACGCUAAAUAUGUAUAAAAACAAUAAAGAAAAGAAAAAGGCGACGGUCAAAUCGCAAUCGUCGUUACAGUCGACUAAAACUGGGAUGCGUGAGACUUAUUCUCCUUUGGAUGGCCUCUUUGUGUGCAUCCACAGCCUCCGGCUCAGUGACGACGACAAAAGAAACUAUCACAUCAAGGUAACUUUCUUCGAUAACGUGAUUCUUUCUGGACUAAUCAAGCCCAUCAGCCCGAAGGACCAGGAAAAGAAAGUCGUCACUAUCGCCAAAGGUGUCAUGAGCUAUGAUCCGUCCGAUUACGAAAAGAUGUGCCUCUUUGCUAGCGCUCCUUUAGUUGUUACAAUCGCUCCUCAGAGGGCUAUCGAAUCGAGAAGUCACUUAUCACACAGUGCGGACACUGCCAUGUCCUCCCAGAUCUUGUCAACGAACUCCCUUUGGCAUAAAUCGUCUACGAUAACGUCAACUGACAUCUGUUGCUGCUUUGUGGACAUCCUUCCAUUAUUUAUUGACACGGACAAGAUAUGUGUUAAAAAGCGCAUGCAACCGAUUCGAAUGCCUCCAUUGCUACUUCGCAAGAGCUGGGACAAUCUGCCAUUGCUGAAAAUGGGCAUUUCCAUAGAAAGACACCCGGAGAACGCAAACCACCACUCUAUAUUACAACAAGCCAAUCACAUGAAAAUAACUCUUAUUGGAGCAUAUAACCUGUUAACCCCUUACGAUAAAGACACUCAGUACACUGCAGCUACGAAUUUUCCUUUAUUUAAUGAAACUCAUACGACGGUGAUGGAAUUUAACCACGGUUACAACCCUCCCGAGGAAUUCGAUGAAAUGAAAUUCUAUCCCUCGUGGGAAACUUUGCGGGCUGGACAUAAUACCAUCUGCAAGUCUGAUGACAAAUUGGAGUACUCGCUCAGAGAAAUCCAAAAUGAGAGACAUAUUGACAUCGCACAUUAUUUAGAACUUCAGCGGCUUAGCCAGAACGCGGUGAUCUGGGGUUCUUUCUAUCGAACUCUGUUAAUGGACCAGGAAGAUAAAUGGCUACUCAAGCACCUGUGCCACUGGCGUUGGCCGCUCGAGCUGCACUUCGUCCGAGAGGACGCCGAGAGCUGCAGCUACAUGGCUUUUAUCAACUUAUUCGAUUUCCUCAAUGCUGGAGUGGAUAAAAUCAUUUGCGCGGUGCCACUUCAAUUGCAUGACUCUACGGUCAUGAUAGCGAACACAAACUAUCCCUACCUCAUCAAUCCAGCUGAGAGGAGUGGUGAUCAUAAGAAGAAAAAACUAGGACCUCAAUCACCAUUUCCUGCGUCAGACACGUCAAGUGUCUUCAAUGACUCGAGUGUCAUGAAUGAGAAGGAUCCACCUUUUGUCCUGAUCGAAGUAACAUUGGGCCGGCCUCUAGUCCCAGAAUGCAUGCCACCGCUUAUUUCCAGUCUCGAAUUAUCAGCCAUGCUUCAUAGUAUGGAAGAAGCAAAUCCGCAGAAGCGCGAGUGCGUCGGGCGCGGCCAACUCGAAAGGGAUUGGCAGACCACAGUACGCCUCGCUGCCAACGUGUUGAAGAGGGUUCCACAUCAUGGCCUGCCGGACUUUUGUCUGUUCAACCGUCAACUGAGCGAGACACGUACGCGUGUUGAAGCAACCACUUCCUUCUGGUUAGAAGGAGCCAUUUAUGUCAAUAAUAACUUUCUCGUCGAGGACUACUUGAAGAAUAAUGAUAAAUACGAAGAGUUGCUGUUAAUGGCACAUAUGGUGCUCACUAACAGCGCGAUCGAAGCCAUAGUGCCCACAGAUGUAUGGUACGAAACAGAUCCUUCCCUCCGCGCAGCACGCCAUGCGCGGCACCUUCAGGACGUACCUCAUGCUAUAGAACUCUAUUUACAGGAAAGUAUAGAAAAACCGUCAGACGGAAAUGUUUGGCGCGAGCUGUCUACAGCCCUGAAAGACGUCGAUCGCGACUGGGCCUCCGUAUGCAUCAACAAGUCGCUGAAGCGCGACUACAGGCAUCCACUCACGCUCCUAUCAAAAGGCUGCAUGGUGUUCGAAACGAAUCCGGACGCAGCUGAGCCCUUCUUUCGGUGUUUAAUAAGUCUGUACCCGUUCUGGCUCAACGGUUGGGUGAUCACUAGCAUCUACUAUAUGCAGCGAGAAUUUUUUAAACUAGCUGACGAGGUCAUGAAAUGUUCAUUGUUGACUCAAUCAGAAGGCUUGCAACGCGACAUAGGCUAUGGCAGGGCAUGGGAGCUAGAACUCGGCGACUGGUGGGAGCCAACACCAUUACUGCCCGGCAUGAGCGUUUAUUACGACGCUGCUGACUUGCUCUUGCGGCUACGGGCCAUGCCACUGGCCGAAGCGUGCCUUGCGAGGUCCCUCUGCGACUCUGGAGAAACAGCAGCUUAUUACCACUUAGUUGCCUUGUGCUUCAGGCUGCAUGGGCAGAUUGAUGAGGCACUCUGCCAUUUGAGAACCGGCAUCAACAAAUUCGGCGAGGUCAGUUACCUACGUAGUUUGGAGGCCGAAUGCCUGCACGUGAAAGGAGACCAGAUGGAGUCACUUGCUGCUUUCCAAAAAGCGGGCAACAACAUGUGCCCUUAUAGUGUGCUGCUGUCGCUGUCAGCGUGGGAGCCGGCGCGCGUGCGUGUGAUCCUCGUGGACCUGUUACGCCGACAUCCCAACGCAUACGCCUGGAUGGCACUCGCCAACGACUGGUUAUUGCGCGCUCAGCUGCAGGAUGACUUAGACCUAGGGCUGAAAGACGAGCAGGACGGGGUCCUGUUAUGCGCGACGGCGUGCGCCGUGCAGGCACUCAAGUGGGACCGCCGUGCUGGGCGCGCAUGGGCGCUGUUGGCACAGCUUGUGCACCCCCAAGUCAGAAGAGAUCACUGUGUCCAAAUGGCCAUUAACUGCGGGUACCCAUGGACGGAGAACGACGUAGGCAGCUGGUGGAAGACAACGCGCGAUGCCGUCUGCUAUCGAUUGGGCAUCCCGCUCGUGCAUUGCGACUGCGCCAUGUGCCAAACCCUUGUAGCCUGAUGGAAGAUUUACAUGCAGUUCCAUUUACAUAAUUAAUCGCAUUUUAUUUACUAACGCUCAAACGGGUUACCACGAUAUUUUUAGUCACCCGCUGCCGUACGACUAAAGCUGAAAGUAGUUCUACGUGUGCACCUGCGAUUUAAGUCACAUUAGGGUAAGGCUAGUAACAGAUUGGCUGCAUGUCGAUUACGACUUCAUGAAGUCUGUUUCGACUUCAUGCAGUUAACGUGUUUCGAGUUAUGCA